AUUGCUUUAUGCCCAACACGAAAAGUGGAAAAUUUUGCCAGAUACUGUGUUUUCCGAGUGCACAGGGUAAUUGUUUUGAACCAAAAUGCCCAGAAAAAAUAGCAAAGGUCGUGGCUGGAAUAACCAUCAACCACAGCAAAGACGAGAUAACUCCGAAAGAAGACAAUACUACGGUCACGAUGACAGAACGUUAUACUCUGAUCGUGACUCCGCGCCAAGGGUAUCGUUUAAAACGUCAAGGAUUGGCAAAGGAGGUCGAGGCGAAAGGCACAAUAGGGACAGACAAAGAGACUUAGAAGCUGGACUGAGACGACACUUGGACGAUGAUGCCGAGAUGUCUAAUGAAGUCAGGCAAAACCGCAGCCGGUCUGGCGUGGCGUGGAGGGGCAAUGCAAGGGGCAUGGGUCGGCCUAGAACAAGAAGGAAUAGUCCCGUGCCUCCCAGAGGAGUCGAUGAUCACAGAUAUAGGAAUUUACAGGCAGCUCCAGCCAAUUGUUACAAAGUUCAUAUCUCAAAUACCUCUACAUUCAACAAAGAAUAUUUGCUUGACGUUCUAACUUCUUAUUUAACACCUGACACAUUUAUUCCAAUUAUGUACAAAUUUGAAGGUGAUGAUGUCACCUUCUACGUAGACGAAUUUACAAUUGCAAAUAAACUGCUGAAAGCCGACCGUCAAAUCCUAGCCAAUAAUGGAUCCAAAUUGACUAUCAAAGUGAGGCCUUAUUUUCCACCAGCCAAAGUUGACCAGCAAUUCAAAGAUAGAAUUAAAAUUGCUGUUGUAAAACGAUAUGUUGCAGCAAGUGCCCUUGAUUUAUCACAGUUUCACAGAGACAAAGAUCUGUAUCAGGAUAUGUUUUGCGCACUGUUUCAACCCAAAAUAUUGAUGGCAGUGAUAGAUGUAAUAAGUGAGCACACUCCAAACUUGGAAGCACUAAACUUGGAUGGCAAUAAAUUGCAAAAUAUUGACAGACUUGGUACUCAACUGCACACAAAAUUACCGAAUCUGUCGAUAUUACACCUUAGCAAUAAUCGAAUUCGAGAUUUGAAAGCAAUCGAUGGACUGAAGCAAUUAAAGCUGAAAGAACUUCGAUUGUUAGGUAAUCCCUUAUGUGACAAAUACAAACAGUGGCCAGAGGGAUUUAUCAGCGAUAUUCGGAAACGAUUUCCAAAACUCCUAAAAUUGGAUGACAUGAACCUUCCACCUCCAAUUGGAUUUGAGAUAGCAGCAGAUGAAGAUGCAUCAAAACUGCCAGUAUCUCAACGAGUAUUUUCAAUAACUAAUGAAACUCGUCAAGUGGCUGAUGCAUUCCUUCAUCAAUAUUUCCUCAUUUUCGAUAGCAAUAACCGUCAACCGCUGCUCAAUGCAUAUGAUGAACAAGCAUCAUUUAGUUUAACUAUUGCGUGUAAACACGACAAUUUAAACAGGUUCAAAGAGUACCUGCCACACAACAGAAAUUUAUUCAGAGUGAACGAUCAGGAAAGAAGACUAAAAUUAUUGAAGCAAGGCAGAUUAACUAUUGUUUCGUUUUUAUCGGAGAUCCCAAAAACAAAGCAUUGUUUCAACAGCUUUUCCAUGGACAUUAGUCUUUGCUCGGAAGUGGCGAUGAUAGUCAUGAUAACUGGGGUUUUCCAAGAAGUGGAAACUGAUAAAAAACCACUACGUUAUUUCAGCCGAAGCUUGCUCAUAGUUCCCCAGGGAUCGGGGUUUUGUAUUCGCAAUGAACAAUUGCAUAUAAACGAGCCGACAGAUGAACAAAAAAAGCAGGCUCUAACAGAGAUUUCUGCUGACAAUAGUAAUGCAAAAAUAACAGAAUCCAGUGAACCAGUAGUAGCUCAACAAGAUCUGCAUCUGCAAAUGGCUAUGGCUCUUAGCCAACAGUCUGGUAUGAACCUGGAAUGGAGUAGGGAGUGCCUAACCAAAGUGCAAUGGAACUUUGACAUGGCUCUCGCAGCGUUUAAGAAGUUUCAUGAAUUGGGACAAGUUCCUCCGCAAGCAUUUGAGAAAUAAAUUUGCAACAUUCGGUUCAAUGAGACAGCUUAGUUUAACUUAUAUUAAUGAAAAUCUUAUUCCAUUCAAAUCAUACUUGUAUAUACAAUCCGUACGUAUUUCAAUAAAUAUACGUUUUCUAUGA